UGUAAACAAACCUCAGUUUUGUUUACAUUCAGUGGUUUCUUUGCCGUCUUCUCUGUGAUCAUCAAUUGUUUGUAAUUUUGGGGGGGUUGUAGGGUAACACUGUAGGUCAUGUGUGUGCUGAAAGGGCCUGGAUUAUUAAUAAAAUGGCUGGUAAUAUUAUGAUUUGGUGAAAUGGAAGAAGAGGAGAUGAUAGCAGUAUAGUUAGAAUAUACACACCCUUUCAACCGUAAGCCAAAGACAUGGACAAGAGAUACAGAAUACUCCUACAUUCUGAGAAGAACAUUGCCUCCAUAGAAACCCUACCCACUGAAUUGCUUGGGGAUGAGGUAAAGCAGGUGAAUCCUCUCAGUAAGGAACCCAGUCUUCUACAAGGCAUAGCUAACGAUGGAGGGUCCAAUGGAGUGCUACGACUCAUGAAGAACCCAGUUACUGGUAAAUUAACACUGAUGUGCCAUUCUGUGGUUUGUCCAUCCAAAAGCAAUAUAGAUAUAGAGAAGAAUAGCAAGGAAGGUAGUGCAUUAGGGAUAUCUGUGCCAAAUGGAGGUCAGCAAAGUGACCUUUCACCGGUGGGGAGACUCAAGGCCAAGAGGGGAAGGGGUCGGCCUCGGAAAGACAGGACAACAGAGGUCAAGGAGGAAGAGGAGGAGGAGGUCAAGUUUCACACAUGUACAAGAGUAAUCCAGACCAACAGUAGGACAGUUUACCUAAAGGGAGAGUGCGACUGCCUUGAAGAGCAGAUAAACCAUGAGGGAGAGAGUGAUGCUGAGGAGAAGGAUGUGGUACCUGAGAACUUUGUAAAUAGAGCAAGUGCAAAUAAGAGAAAAAACUUUGAAGGCAAUAUAGAUAUAAGGGAGUAUGUAUCAGCAUCUUCACGGAUAAGGGACCCCUAUAGACCCUGGCGGAAGAACUACGACGUAGUUGAUGGGAAGGAGGUUCUUCCCGAAUACAAGAUGCAGGCGAUUGAGCGCACAAAACGGCAAAAGGAGAUGAGGCUGAACCAGAGGCACAGUGUCUUCCGCACAUGGGAAAGUGUUCUUGCAUGUAAAGACAGAGUCGAAGAAGAGACAAGGUCAAAGUACAAUCUUUACUCCAAAACUCCAGGAUUUUGUGAUGACAGGCCAAAGCCAGGGAAACGUGUCUUAUUUGAACUGAAGCGAUCGAAAGGGGACUCUGCAGUCGUUCCCUACACAGGCGUUCCUCUCAUGUGGAUUGGGAGUCGAGUCUACACAUGCCACCUUAGUAAACACAAUUAUAAAUAUGGAGUGAAGAAGCAUAAAGAAGAAUCUGAGGGCAGCUGUGCAAAUAACAAGAAAAAGAAAAAGACGCCCUCCAAGCACAUUGGGUGUCCAGCAACUUUCUCAGUUACAAAAGUGGCAAGAUUCCCAGACUUUGAGGUUCGUUGGAUGUUAUUGUGA